AUGGAUAUCAACAGAUGGCUUGAAGGGACGGCAAUCAACAUCCCACCCGCUUACCAGACCCCGGCUCACGGGCUAGAUCCUCCUUCAUUCCCUCAUGCCCAUGGCGGUGCCGAUGAGGAACCGAGUCGGAAGCGGCGCAACCGGAAACAGCCUUCUUCGGACAGCUCGCUUCUCAAAGACGAUCGACCACGGCGACCUCCUAUAUCGGCUGCAAGCCAGGGCCACAAUGACCAUGCGCCGAGCAAGCUCACGUCGUCCGGACAAUCCAGCGAGUUAGAAUCCUCCUCGGAUGAAGAAUCUGCAGAGGACCGCUACAAGCGCAGACCUCGCCACAAGACCCGGCCCGACCUCUACGAUCCGAAGCCGGAUCAGAAGGCCAAGAGCACUCGGAAACAUCGGGGGGAAAAGAGGGAUUCGAAGAAGAGGAAGCGGAAGUCAAAGCGAAGGACCAAGGACAAGCCGGGCGCAGGUCUAGUGCAGACCUUCCACGCGAAGAAUGUCGCCAUAUCUCGACUGACUAUGAAGCCAGGAGAGAAUCUUGGACUCUUCAAAAAGGGUCGCGCAUCAUCGCCGGUAAGAGGCCGAGGAUUACCUGAUCUGACGUUCAACGAGAUGAAGUUUCUGCAAAAGCGACGAGACCCAGCAGAGGAACAAUCGCCCGCCGAAGCGCCCAAGAAACGGCGAAAGAAGGAUCAGGCGCACGCAAAGCAGGAUGAUAUUUCUGCAUACUUCGCCGCUAAGAGGCCUCCACUAGCAGAUAGGCACACAAACAUCCCUUCGAAGCCGCGCCCUUCGCACCGUGAUCCGAUUCAGAAGUCAGCGCAGGACUAUGAGCAACACCGUUCUCUGAGUGCGGAUCCUGCAAUAUCAACCGUUGAGCUCCCAGAGAAACCAUACUUGGGAUUUGGAAGCAGAGGUACCCAGCCAGUCAGCGCUAGCUACUACUCAUGGUCGGGCUCUAUCAGACAGCCUAGUGUCCCGCUUCCAGCAAACGGACAUGCCGAGCCACGACAGCCGCCUUUCCGGCAUGACGUCGAACCUGUGCAAAUCAACAGAAAGGCAGGCGCUCCAGGGCACAAUGGUCACAGCCAGACAGGUGUGGGGAACAACACCUCAUUGGUACAGCCAUUCGAAGCAGCGCGCAAGGCUACGGAGAAGCAGCGGCCUGCUCGACCGCAAGAUCUGGCGCAACCAGAAAUAAACACAGCUGUAGUCGAUCGUUCGACCCGACAUGUACCGCCCUCCCAUCCUUUUGAUCGAAACCACAUUCCGCCAAGGGACGCCCAGAACAGGAGUCCUCGUAUGCCGUCAUCCCACAAAAGAAAUAGUCGCGCAGCUCCACGAGAUCAGCGAAGACCACAUGUGCUUCCCACUGCGCGGACUGAGAGUAGAUCCAGUGUAAACAUCGGUGCCUUACCAGAGUUACCACGGCCGCAGCAGACGCUCAGAACCAGAACAGAAGUUAAUGAGAGCUCCACAGAGAACGUAGAGCCUGAGUCGAACUCAUCACUAGGGAGGUUACUGCGAGAGUGCGACGAUGCUGUAGCGAUACGACAAGACCAGGCGGCGCCCCUGUCUCAGCUUGAAGAGCGGCCGAACGAAGAGAGGAUGGUUCCAAAUGCCGAGACGAGUUCGAGGGCUACACAUCCACAAGGCUUCCCACUGCGUCUCCCUCUACAGCGAGCGCCGGUGGUUACGCCAGACUCGUCAAUGUAUCCGAAUCUUUACCGACGGCAGCAUUUAGACGAGCGCCAGGCAGAAACCUUACCGGAAGGGGCGGACAUCAUGGGAAGCAUGCAUCACGAUCAGCUGGAUGAAGAGAUCUACGAUGAUUUUGUUGGUGGACAUGAAGAACAGUAUGCCGGUUUGGAAGAGUCAUACAGCAGAUACUCUGAGGAGCAAUUAGCACACGCAACGAUCGGGUUUGAUGUUAGCGAAUCGGCUGCUUACGAGCAGGAAACUGUGCCCGACGGGCAACAAGAGCAGGAUGAAUGCGCUGCUAUGUUCGCGGGGUUUUGGCGUCCCCAUCGGCUGUAUUGA